AUGGCGGACACCAAGGAAUUCUCGUCGCAUGUGCAGGCGACGCCUCCCGACGGGGAGACGAUCCUCACCCGGGAAGUGGACUGGACUGUUCAGGAGGAGUCCAAGGCUAAGAGAAAGCUGGACCUCAUCAUCAUGCCCAUUCUGACACUGGGCUUCUUCUGCCUCCAGCUCGACCGCGGCAACAUGGCCAACGCCAUCACGGACAAGUUCAUGGAAGACGUGGGCAUCGACCAAGACCAGUUCAACGUCGGGCAGCAGAUGCUGUCGCUGGGCAUUGUGCUCUUCGAGAUCCCCUCCAACAUGAUCCUGUACCGCGUCGGCCCGGGAAAGUGGCUCACGCUGCAGCUCUUCCUCUUCGGCGUCGUGAGCACCUUCCAGGCCUUCCAGCGCGGGUACGGCGCCUUCAUCGCCACACGCCUGCUCCUCGGCGUCACCGAGUCGGGCUUUAUCCCCGGCGGGCUGUGGACGCUGUCGACGUGGUACACGCGCGACGAGACGGCCAAGCGCGUCAUGGUCUUUUACUUUGGCAACCAGAUCGGCCAGGCGUCGGCCAAGCUGCUGGCCUUUGGCAUCCUGCACAUGCGCGGCGUCGGCGGCCAGCCGGGCUGGUUCUGGCUCUUCGCCCUCAUGGGCUCCUUCACGGUGCUCGGCGGCUUCGUCUUUGGCUUCUUCCUCCCGGACUCGUUCCGCAACCCCCGCAGCACCUUUUUGCCCAACGUGCAGUGGUUCACGGAGCGCGAGCUGCAUAUCCUGCAGGCGCGCGUGCUGCUGGAUGACCCCAUGAAGGGGCGCAAGAAGAAGCGCAUCGGCGGGGACGCCUUCAAGCGCACGUUCAUGGACUGGCGCAUCUGGGUGCAUUUCCUCAUCACGCUGUGCAACAACGGCCCACAGCGCGCCUUCGACACAUACGCCCCGUCCAUCGUCACCAGCUUCGGCUUCGGAAGCCUCGUCAGCAAUGCCAUGGCAGCCGUCGGCCUGUUCCUCCAGGUUCCCAUGUCGUUUGCGUUUAGCUGGGUCUCGGACCGUUUCAACCGGCGAGGCGAGACCGUCAUGGUCGGCUUCUUCUGCCACCUACUGGGCUACAUCUUCAACCGCGCCUUCACCGACGUCCCGCUCCGAGGUGUGCGCUACUUUGGCGUCGUCUGGACGCAGACGUUUGGCACCUUUUCGCACCCCUUGAAUAUUGCGUGGCUGUCGCUCGCCUGCAACGACUCGGAGCAGCGCGCCCUCGCCAUGGCCGGGGUCAUUAUGAACGCCAACAUCGCCGGCAUCUACGGGGCGCAAAUCUUUCGUGCUGACGACAAGCCUCUGUACAGGCGCGGCUUCAGUGUUGCCAUCGCUGUACUGUCGGUUGGCCUUGUGCUUGCCGUUAUCCGAUGGGUCGACGACCGGCGCCGUCGUAUGAAGAACAAGCACACGUUGCAGGUGGAGACGAAAGAUGCGACAGCGGUGUCGGCCUGA